AUGGCUUUACCAUCACAUCUAAAAGAGCCCUUUAUCCCCGAUGUGGAACAGCUGCUCUUAAGCCCGAACCAUCAGGAGGUGGACCGUGACCAGGCUCAUCUCCCCACACAGAAGCUCUGUCACCUGCAGGAUCAAAAGGUGGACCUCUACAGAGCUUCUUGGGGCCAGUGUAUCGUGGCACCCAAGACUUUCAGCUUUCCAUCCUGUCAGGGGAACUGCCUGGCCCUGAACAGUGAGCUCCUUCACUCCAAUUUCGAAUGCUAUAAGAGGGAGGCACCCACUUGCUCCAGGCUCUUUCAGGUCUGUAGUCCUAUCAAGGUUCGUCUCUUCUCCUUGAUGGUCCAGGACGAUGAACACAAGAUGAGCGUGCACUACAUGAACACGUCCAUAGUAGAGAAGUGUGGCUGCUCCUGA